CCGUCGUCCCCCUCCCUUCCUCGUCGUCUUCUUCUGCUUCUGCUGCUGCUGCUGGCCCUCGCUGGGGGUCCCGUCGAUCCAUAAGCCGGUGCGCGAUUGGGGCGGGUCGGGGAGGGUUGGUUGGUGCGGAGGGAGGGAGGGAGGUGAUGAGUACUAGAGAUGGGACGAUGCUUCCGUAAACCUUCUGCUCACCGACGAGGCGUUCGCUGGUGAGCCCGCUGGUGCCGAGAUCGCUGCUAUGCGCUUACUAUCCAUAGGGCGGAUUCGAUUCGCAUGCCCGAGGCGUGUUUCGUCGGCGGUGGUCGUCUGCGACGGCUUGGUAAGUGAGUCGUCUACGCCGGCGCUGGUGCUAGCGCGUGCGAGAACGAGUGCGAGUGCGAGUGUCAGUGAGAGUGGGCUGGCGGAGGCUUUGCGCUGCUUUCGCCAUCGUCGGCGAUAUCUUCCCACAUCGACUCGUUGCGCAUCGUCAUCGUCGUCCUCGUCCUCGUGGUCGCGGAAUUUCCUUCUGAGUCGAUCAAUGUUAAAUCUUCAAAACGGGACCUGUCACGCUUGUGACGACGUUCCUUUGUACGGUCGCAUCCUCACGCGCUUCAAGCCCUUCUUCGACCCUCGUCGAUCGCUGCUCCCGAGCCUAGAGUUGGUCCAGCUCGCCAGGCAUCCCUGGCGCCACCGCGCGCGUUAGCUAGCUGGCCAUCGCAAGCAAGCAAUUCCCUCGCCGUGGAAAGCGGGACAGGCAGCAGACUGGCAGGCGAUUUGAAUUCUGGGUACGAAUUCGAAGUAGAAAUCCCCCACGCGUCUCGACUGAAUUCUGGGAUUUCGCCAUACGCAGGUUAGUACAUCGAUCGAUCGGUGGGUGGUGUUGUUCGCAACCUGUAUACUCCACCUCUCGAUUGAUCGACCGAGUCACGAAGACUCCCUCGCUGUGGAUCUCAACGAACUCCAUUCUGAAGCCGAGAUUGUGGAAAGAUGGGCAGACUUCUGUCUGAUGUGCUGGCGUCAGGAUUCAAGGAAGAGAUCGAGGCUCUGGCCAAAGCGAGAUCGGAGGAGGAGCGCCUGAGGAAACGCAAGAGGGCUGGGGGUGAUGGAGAUGGAGGAGGAACAGGAGGAGAAGGAGGAGGAGGAGGUCGGGGUCGAGGAAGGAACGUGAUAACUCUGGAGGACAGAAUGAAAGAGAUUAACCGGAUUUUGCAAGUGAACUACGAGUCGGACGAGGACGACGACGAUCUGGAGGAGCUUUAUCAGGAUUUGUACCAGCACCUGGUGCACUUCCCGGUGUUGGAUUUCACGAACAAAGAAAGCAUAAAUGUGUUCACGCUGGGCAUGGCGCUGCAAAUAGGGCCCUUGGCGAAGCUGGAGAUUCUGGAGCUCGGCAUGCAGGUGGGAUCGGAGGAGGAGAUGGAAUCGCUAGCCGACGCGAUUGACAUGGGCCACCUCCCGAGUCUCAAGUUCCUCAAUGUGUCGGAGAUUCAGUUCGACGACUGCGACCAGGUCGGCGUCAAGGCAUUGUCCCGGGCGCUGAGCACGGGCUUCAAUUUCCUCUCCCUGGAGCAGCUUCAUCUCGUGGAGAAUGACAUUUGCGACGAGGGAAUCAGGGUCCUCUCGCUCGUCCUCGCCGGUGGCUCGGUGGCAUCCCUCAAGCACCUCAACCUCCGCUACAACCACAUCGGUCCAGAAGGGGCCAAGCAUUUGGCGCUUGCUUUAGAAUCAGGCAGAGUGCCUCGCCUCCUAGAGCUCGAGCUGAGCAGGAAUUGCAUCGGAGACGAAGGGGCGGAAGCUCUGUCGAGAGCUUUUGCUUCUGGCAAGGUGCGAGGCCUCGACACUCUGGGGCUGUGGAUGAAUGACAUAGAGGCGAAGGGCGCCACGGCGCUGGCCCGAGCUCUGGAAUCGGGCAAUCUUCCGGCCUUGACGGAUUUAGGAAUCUUAGACUUCGACGACGAUGGAACCAAGGCCAUCGUUAGGUGCUUCUCGUCGGGACACGUAAGGUCUUUGGAGAAAGUCCACUUCGAGCACAUUGAGAAACAAACCGCCAUAGAUCUGGCCAAGAGCGUCCUCGAGCCUGGCCAACUGCCCAAUCUUCAAGAGCUCAGACUCACUUACAUGGACCUGGAGACCGUGGAAGCAUUCAUCCUUGCUUAUGAAAACAACGGUUCCCUCAUAGCCGAGCUUCAAGUCGAUUGGGAUUCAGCUCCCCAAGUGCAGCGUUUAGAGGAUCGUUUCAACCAAGUUAGAGAUCGAAACAUCAGGCUCACUCAGACCUUCACAGCCCCAUAAUUUAGAGGUCUUCUUUGGACUGGAGGUCGAUCGCUCGCUCGCUUGAUCGAUCGAUGGCUUGUACUAUGAAGUAAGACUGGUGGGGAUAGAUGUAGGGAAUUCAUACUUACAGUGUCAGUCGGUCAGUGGAUCGGAAUGUAAAGCUUCACAAGGAAACGGAAAUGGACGAAAAGCAAAGUCCAUAGUACAUAUUAUAAA